CUGCUACUACACCUACUACAGCUACUACAGAUACUACACGUACUACAGAUACUACAGCUACUACAGCUACUACACCUACUACAGCUACUACACCUACUACACCUACUACAGCUACUACAGUUACUACACCUACUACAGCUACUACAGAUACUACACGUACUACAGAUACUACAGCUACUACAGCUACUACAGGUACUACAGCUACUACGUUACUACAUUAUGGCGAACGACAGAAUUUUGUUAAAUUUAAAAUAAGUAAUCACAAACUUAUGAUUGAACAUGGUCGAUACCAAAUCGAUCAUUUGCCAAGAGAAAAUAGAUUAUGUCCUUUAUGUAACUCAAAUCAGGUAGAAGAUGAGAUUCAUUUCAUCUUUCAAUGUAACAAAUACUCAGUACAGAGACAGGCAUUUAUUAAUUAAAUCAAUCGAAUAAUACCUGACUUUGACAAGAAAUCAUCUCCGGAAAGCAUAAAACUGAUAAUGAAUUCGAAGGAACAUCAUGUAAAUAAGUUAGUUAUGAAGUUUGUCUCCUCCUGCAUGAAAAUACGUGAUUCAUUGUUAGUAAUGUAACCGAAUUUUUCUAGAUUGUUAUUAGUGCUGUUUUGUUUUUUAUUUUGAUUGUCAUAUACAUGCUUUUGCAAUACUGUAAAGUGAUGCGGUCAUGCAAAUAAAACAAUUUAUUACUUACUUACUUACUACGGCUACUACAGGUACUACAGCUACUACAGCUACUACGGCUACUACAGCUACUACAGCUACUACAGCUACUACACCUACUACAGCUACUACAGGUACUACAGGUACUACGGCUACUACAGGUACUACAGCUACUACAGCUACUACAGGUACUACACCUACUACAGGUACUACAGGUACUACAGGUACUACAGCUACUACGGCUACUACAGCAACUACAGCUACUACAGGUACUACACCUACUACAGGUACUACAGAUACUACAGCUACUACGGCUACUACAGCUACUACAGCUACUACAGGUACUACAGGUACUACGGCUACUACAGCUACUACAGGUACUACACCUACUACAGGUACUACAGGUAAUACAGGUACUACAGGUACUACAGCUACUACACCUA